AUCCUAUUGGCAUCCAGGAGGCAGGGAGCCAGCCCCUGGGCGCGGCCUGCAGGGGGCAGGCGAUCGCCUGGGGAAGCGGGGGCAGAACGAGCCCCAAGAGCCAGCAGCUCCCGCUCCGCAGCCGCAGGAACCGCUCUGCGCCCGCCCGGUGUGCCUUCCUUGGCCAGUGAACUCGCGUUGCCCUGCUGCAGCCAUGUGUGCGGCUCGGACGCCGCCGCUGGCACUCGUCUUCCGAGGGACUUUCGUCCACUCCACCUGGACCUGCCCCAUGGAGGUGCUUCGCGAUCACCUCCUCGGCGUGAGCGACAGCGGCAAAAUAGUGUUUCUAGAAGACUCAUCUCAGCAAGAAAAACUGGCCAAGGAGUGGUGCUUCAAGCCAUGUGAGAUCAGAGAGCUGAGCCACCAUGAGUUCUUCAUGCCAGGCCUUGUUGAUACCCACAUCCAUGCCCCUCAGUAUGCCUUUGCUGGAAGCAACGUUGACCUGCCGCUUUUGGAGUGGCUGAACAAGUAUACAUUUCCCACAGAACAAAGGUUCCAGAGCACUGAUGUGGCUGAAGAAGUCUACACUAGAGUUGUUAGGAGAACACUAAAGAACGGCACCACCACGGCUUGCUACUUUGGAACAAUUCACACUGACUCAUCCCUGAUCCUUGCGGAAAUUACAGAUAAAUUUGGGCAGCGAGCAUUUGUGGGCAAAGUAUGCAUGGAUUUGAAUGAUACUGUUCCAGAGUACAAGGAGACCACCGAGGAGUCAGUCAAGGAGACAGAGAGAUUUGUGUCAGAAAUGCUGCAAAAGAAUUAUCCAAGGGUGAAACCCAUAGUGACCCCACGCUUUGUCCUUUCUUGCACGGAGACUCUGAUGAGUGAACUUGGCAACAUCGCCAAGACCCAUGAUCUGUACAUCCAGAGCCAUAUAAGUGAAAAUCGUGAAGAAAUUGAAGCCGUGAAAAGCUUAUACCCUAGUUACAAAAACUACACAGAUGUCUAUGAUAAAAACAAUCUUCUGACAAACAAGACAGUGAUGGCACAUGGCUGCUACCUUUCUGAAGAAGAGCUUAACAUCUUCAACGAACGAGGAGCAUCCAUUGCCCAUUGUCCCAACUCUAAUCUGUCGCUGAGCAGUGGCUUAUUGAACGUGCUAGAGGUCCUGAAGCAUAAAGUGAAGAUAGGACUGGGGACAGAUGUGGCUGGUGGCUACUCCUAUUCCAUGCUUGAUGCCAUCAGAAGAGCAGUCAUGGUUUCCAAUGUCCUCUUAAUUAAUAAGGUGAAUGAGAAAAGCCUCACCCUCAAAGAAGUCUUCAGACUAGCCACUCUUGGAGGAAGCCAAGCCCUGGGGCUUGAUAGCGAGAUUGGAAACUUUGAAGUUGGCAAGGAAUUUGAUGCCCUCUUGAUCAACCCCAGAGCAUCAGACUCUCCCAUUGAUCUGUUUUAUGGGGAUUUUGUUGGUGAUAUUUCUGAGGCUGUUAUCCAGAAGUUUCUUUAUCUAGGAGACGACCGAAAUAUUGAGGAGGUUUAUGUGGGUGGAAAGCAGGUCGUUCCGUUCUCCAGCUCAGUGUAAGGACCUUGGACAGCUGCGACAUUCUCCUGGGAAGACAUGAUUCUGCAAUCUUCCUUGUGCCCAGGGACCAAUCAGAAAGUAUAUUUACAAAAAUGUACCGUGUUCUUUGGAUGACUUCUGUUCCUGUGUCUCCUUCCAGUGCUCACUUGGUAAAUUGUUUGAAGGGAGUGCGCUGCUUCUCCACUCCGGUCUGGGAGCAUUGUAAUUUCAUGACAGUGCCUCCCGUUGGGCUCUGUAGAUUUGCAUUAUGCUCGCACAGAAGACAUUGUUAACAGCUGGCAAUGCGCUUCCAAUAGUGAAGUAAAACCUUUCCAUAUAGGGAAAUACAGGACGAGGAGAUCUCCCUAUGUGGUUAGACACUCUGUGCUAAUGACUGAGAAAAUUAGGAAACUCCAGUAUGGACCAAUGAGCAGAUUUUUAUGAGAGGGCACAAGCUAGACAUUGAAAGGACAUUGGAAAAAUCAUUGGUUGUGCUUGGAAAUUAAAUAUAGAGAACACUCUUGGAAAAGGAGAGAACUUACUGGAUUUAAAACAUGCUUCUAGAUCGAUAUUGUCUGUGGAAAUUUGCACUUUGUGAAAUUUGCAUUUCAGGGUGUGUUAUUGUUAUGCUUUUCCUUCUUGGGAUGAAUGUCAGAACCUGAAUGCCACGCGCUUUUCAAAUAUAGUUCUAUGCUUCAAAGUGUUUGGCAGCAGUUGAGUAUUAAAGAUUUAAAGUCUCUUAGGGAUAGUAUUCACAUAGCCGCAAGGCAUAAAUAGUGUUCUUUUUGUGUACUUCUAAGUCAUCUUGAUUCCUGGCUGUGAGGUGUUCUAGUUGCUUCUGUUUUAUUAGAUGAGAAACAAGCCCUGUGUACGUUGCUGCUCUGUAGACUGGAGUUUUCAUAAAUAGGGGAAGUACUAUAUUCCCCGGAGUUGGUAGCACCAAGGGGACAGGGUUCUUUGCAAUGCUGAAUCUACCCAACGCAAUGCGUAAUCAUUGCUGUACAGUUCACCCUCCUAUCAAUGUGCUAGAACUUAAAAGCCAAGUGCAAGUCCCUUAAAGAAUUAUGGAUAAGGCUCUGCAAGGCCAGUAUACUGAAAGAACUCUCUGUUUGUUUGUUUGUUUGUUUGUUUGUUUGUUUUAAUUUACCAAAUUGUCAUUGUAAUUCUUGAAGAUUUUUAAAAUCUUAGAAUAGUGAAAAGGAUAUAAAAAUUCCAUUUAAUGUUUAUAUUUCUAGGAUUUACCUGUACUAGACAUCAAGGAAUAUUAAACAAAAGAGGGCCUUUUAGCUUUUCUAACGUAUAUAGUGUCCCUUCUCAUACUAGAACUAAAAACAGGUCAUAACCAUGUGGCAGAGCUUUAGGAAACAGUGAUGUGGAUUCUACUUAAAUACUACAUUUUUCUUAAUUAAUUCCACCUCCUAUAAACAAUCAAGGACCAGGAACAGGUUUUAUUAACGUAUUAUUUCAUUCCUAGGGUUUAGGUGAGUUUCCAUUGUAUCUUAUAACAGAGAAACCCAUUAAGCAGUAGUUAGUUCUCACAUCUAAGAACACACAGUUCUUCUGUUCUCCAUGCUAACUCAGCAGUAACUUGUCCAGAUCUAUUUUCCUGGUAGAAGCACUUUUAGAUCUGGUGUGUAUACAUUAUAUCUAAAGAUGGUGCACAUUUUAGGCUGUACUUUGUUUUAUUUUUAGAGAGAGAGAGAGAGAGAGAGAGAGAGAGAGAGAGAGAGAGAGAGAGAGA